AUGAAAGAGAGGAUUUUACCGCGACUCUACAUCAACGAUGCCCAGGAUAGCCCUCCUGGCGCCACUCCUUUCGCCUUGCAGUUCAGUUGUUGGCAUGCAAGGAUGAAUGCCUACGAAUUGUCAAUCGAUGCGAUAAAGCGAACAAAGAAGGACUUGCGCGAUAUCAUAAAUCGUGUGUUUGACGUCAGAAAACUAGACAGAUUUGGGGCUAGGAGAGGCGUCGUUACCACAGAGGACUACGGCCUCAUUGCGAUAUACUCAGGUGAACCCAAGAGGCUCAGUACUCUUCUAAGUCUCUGCUCUCUACGUGGGAGCACAGCCAUUGCCGAUUCUCUUAUUACUGAAGGCGCUGACGUCGACAUCACGGACGCAAAAGGAAACACUCCCGUGCAUUAUGCCUUGAAUGAACAUAUGGAAUAUGCACUGACGGCAUACGUAUCGCUGCAGGCAUGUCUGCUCGUGCAUCGAGGUGCACGGGUUGAUGGGAAACUCGAAAAGAACAAACAAGGCCCGUUAGUAUCCCUCAUACGCAUCCACUACCUCCAACAUCAUGGCUGUAUAGCUGCACCUUCCAAGUGGUACAGCACCCUGCACCGGAUGAAUAGUGACGGGGCCUUUGAUCCUCGGCAUUUAGUCCCAGACACACUCUCCACAAUACGAUACCUUAUCCGGGCUGGGGUUGACGUGUCACCGAACACGAACGACCCUCGUCGGCUGCCUUUGGCACACGCGAUUCACUGUCGGGAUCCUAAGAUUGUCGAACUCCUUCUCGCAGCCGGCGCUGACCCCAGCCCGACUUUUGUGGUGGAUGGCAACAGGGAGAAGUAUCUGUUCUUGACUGAAGCCAUCUAUUUCAGCACUCCCCAUAUUGCCCGAAUUCUUUUGGAAGCAGGUGCAGCCCUAGAGGAGUCGCCUGGUAGCGCACAAGAACCUCCCAUACUAGCUCUCAGCUGUCAAGUACACCGCGAGAAAGAAUUCAUCGACGUGGCGCGUUCAAUCUGUCAACGUAUACAGGAUAUUGAUCGGCCAAUCAAAGGUAAUUCAGCACUCUGGUGGUCUUUGAAAACUGGCACCUUUCAAAUUUCCAAGAUUCUUCUGCAGAACGGCUCAUCAUGGGGGUCCAGAGGUGUUUUCAUGCGUGCCAAAGUGGUGGAAACACUUCUAACAGCAUUACUUUCAAAUGGCACAGCACACGGCACAGAUGCGGAUCGUGGAUCAUCCAGGCGAACUAGUCAUCUAGGGCUAUAG